UUGGCUAUAGUGACGGUGACAUGUGUUGACAUCUCCAUUUCAGAAAAGUUGGAGAAGAUGAGGGAUCAUGAGCGAAAAGAGGAAACUUUUACCCCUGUGCCUAGCCCUUACUACAUGGAACUCACCAAACUCCUGCUCAAUCAUGCUUCAGAGGAUAUCCCCAAAGCAGAUGCGAUCCGCACCCUGAUCAAGGAUCUGUGGGACACGCGCAUAGCCAAGCUCCGGGUGUCUGCUGAUAGCUUUGUACGGCAGCAGGAGGCACAUGCCAAGCUGGAUAACUUGACUUUGAUGGAGAUCAAUACCAGCGGGGCCUUUCUCACUCAAGCACUCCAUCAUAUGCACAAGCUCCGUACAAACCUCCAGCCUUCUGAGAGUGCCCCAUCUCAGGACUUUUAGAGGAAGGCCUGUGGUUGGCAAGGUCUAGCCUGUCUUGCAGCAAACUGCUGGGUGGAGGCUGGUGACAUGAUGGAGGUACUUGUGUAUCUGGAGUUCUGGAAACAUUUUUAAAUGUCUGAACAAUGCUUGAACAGGUGCCGGGACUAGAUCUGUAACAUUGGUGAGAAGCAAAUUCGUGAUUUUUUUCUCAAAACUGAAUACCCCUGAGCUGGGCAUGGCGGUGCAUGUCUGCGAUUCCAGCAACUUGGGAGGCUGAGGCAAGCAAAUUGUAAAUUCCAGGCCAGCCUCAUCAAUUUAAUGAGGCCCUGAGCAAUUUGGUGAGACCCUGUCUCAAAUCAAAAAUAAAAAGGACUGUAGCUCAGUGGUAAAGCACCCUUGGGUUCAAUCCCCAGUACCAAAAACAAAACUUCCCUGUUCAGUCAAUCCCCAACUAGUUUUAGAAACCAGUUUUUCUUUUGAGGGGAAAAGAAAAAAGUAUUAGGCAACCAAGUCCUCAGUGUUGCCAGAGCCUUGGAUUUUCUGCAUGAAACUGUCACCCAUCAUUGUGUUCAGUGACUGGUGUAGAUAUAGGAAUGGCGAUGAGGCUGGGGGCGUUUUCCCUCUUGAUCCCCAUUUCUUGAACUAAAUUUAGAUCUCCUAGAGGUUGUUCACGGAGGAUGAUGGUGUGGGUGACUGGAAACGCUGGCCAGUGUGUCUUCUAAGCUACAAUUUAUAAUAAAAACACCGUCAGCCAGAA